AUGACCAGCAUGUUUAAGCUUAAGGGCAGGAGACAAAGUCUCUUCCCCAAUUACAAACUUGGGGGCACAGCCCCUGUUGUCAAAGAUCCAGAAGAUGAUCAUGACCUUCCAUUUGGCCAGCACAACUGGGUGAAACCAUGGAAUUCAAUGCAAGAACUCAGCCGGGAUAUUUAUGAUAUCUAUGCAGAGUAUGAGGACGAGGAGGAGGAUAAACUUUUUGCCACUCCUAUCAAGCUUUCCUCCCCAGCUAAAAACUACAUGCUUAACAUCAAUGUUGGGGGCAAGGUCUACCAGAUCUCCUACAGGGUAGCAGCAAAAUAUCCAAAAACAAGAAUUGGUCGUCUAGCAACAUACACUGACCACAACAGGAAGCUUGAUCUCUGUGAUGACUACAUUGUCCAAAACAAUGAGUUCUUCUUCGACAGGGACCCAGAUAUCUUUCACAACAUCUUCAACUUCUACAGGACUGGAGUUCUCUGGAUCAAAGAUGAGCUGUGCCCUCGCAAUUUCUUGGAGGAAAUCAAUUACUGGGGUGUCCGGAUCAAGAACACACACCGGUGCUGUCGUAUUUCAUUUGAGGAGCGUCAGGACGAGCUGAAUGAGCAGCUGAAGGUGCAGCGGGAGUUGCAAGCAGAAGUGGAGACAGAGGAGAAUGAGGAGCUUUUCCAUGGCAUGGCAUUUGGCCAAACACGUCGCAUGAUCUGGAACUUGAUGGAGAAACCUUUCUCCUCUGUUACAGCCAAGCUCAUGGCAGUGGCCUCCAGCUUUUUUGUGCUGGUCUCACUUGUGGCUAUGACCCUCAACACAGUGGAGGAGAUGCAAUACAAGACACCCACGGGACAGCUGAGUGGAAAGACCUACGGUGAGUACGUGGAGACCUUCUGUAUUGCCUUCUUCACAAUGGAAUAUCUGCUGCGACUGGUGUCCACACCAGACCUCAGGCACUUUGGGAGGAGCAUGCUCAAUGCUGUGGACCUCAUUGCCAUUCUGCCGCUGUAUUUGCAGAUGGUUCUAGAAUGCUUUGAGAAUGAGGACUAUGGGAAACAUGGCACUGACAUUGAGACAGUGGGUCGGGUGGGUAAAGUAGGGCAGGUCUUACGCAUCAUGCGUCUCAUGCGGAUCUUCCGCAUCCUGAAGUUGGCUCGCCAUUCCACAGGACUGCGAGCUUUUGGCUUCACUCUCCGCCAGUGUUACCAACAGGUGGGCUGUCUUUUUCUCUUCAUUGCCAUGGGAAUUUUCACCUUCUCUGCCAUGGUCUACACUGUGGAGCAUGAUGUCCAUCAAACAAACUUCACAAGCAUUCCCCAUGCAUGGUGGUGGGCAGCUGUUAGCAUCUCUACAGUUGGCUAUGGAGACAUGUUUCCGGAAACACACCUCGGCAGGAUCUUCGCCUUUGCCUGUAUAUCUUUUGGGAUAAUAUUAAAUGGCAUGCCUAUAUCCAUCCUGUACAACAAAUUUUCAGACUACUACUCCAAGCUUAAAUCCCACGAGUAUACCUCCACUCUGAAGGCUCGUGGGAAAGUGAGGUUUGUCAAGAGGGCAGCCAAGAGGUUUGCUCAAUGCUGUGAAGAUGCCAUACAUUAG